UGUGAGAGAGGUUUCCUGUCGCAGGUAAACUCACCUGAACACUGCCAAUGAACACACACUAACAGGCACACUCUCUCUCUCCCUCCCCACACACACUCACCCACACUUACCCACACUAAAACACUGAGUGGGGGCUGCAUUUCCACAUUCCGCUCUGAGGGAGACACUCCCACAGCUCGGAUCCACAGGACGAGAGGUAGAACCAGUCCACUUGAUGGAUGCAGAGCCAGAGAGGAGAGAGAGAGACACAGUGUGUGACAUCUGACCCUGAAUCAUCUGGACAAUCAUGGCCAAACAUUGGACUCCUGAUCCCAAGUGACAAGUGUCACCAUGCCAACUCCUACUGUCCUCACAGCAACCAGGAGUCCUCAGAGAAGUCGUUAGGUUUACAGGCAUAUUUACAUCUCUGUGACAUAAAGCAGAUCCCCUCUAGUGCUGAGGCUGAGAGACCAGGAGGCAGAGAUGGUUUUCCAGUGGAAUCUGCUCCUAAUUUUCACAUUGCCACUAAAGACGGGACUGGUUUUUGGAUGUGUGUGUCCCGCAGCCACCAUUUUGUCCCAGUUUCCCUCUGAGGUUCCUGUCGGCGUAUGUUGCCUGAACUUCUCUGGCUCUGCUCUCAGCCAUGUGCGCUGGUCUGUGUUCAGCAAUAGGACAAACAUAGAGACACUGGAUCUCUCAUACUGCAAUAUCAGUUCUGUUGACACGAGUGGACAAAAGGAUUCUGCACUGAAGAGGGUUUACUUAGGUCAUAAUAGACUAUCAACACUGCCGAGGGACUUUCUGUCCAGCCAGCAAAGCCUGCUGGAGUUGGAUCUGAGCAAGAACCAGCUUCAGGAGCUUCCUGAGGGUUUCCUCCAGGACUCUGACAGCCUCCAGGAACUGUACCUUCAGGGAAACCAGCUACGCUUCCUCCAUGAAUCCAUUCUGCAGAAGCCCAGUCUGCACAGGCUGGAGGUGGAGGGGAACCCCUGGGACUGCUCAUGUAGACUACUGCAAGCCCUGGAGGAUGGCUUGAAGACUAACAGGACCACCAAGCUGCAGGAUCUGGUGGGGAACCUCACCUGCUUCUCCCCCAAGCACCUAGCCAGCAGGAAUGUGUGGUCAGUGAGGCUCAGAGACGUCUGCCAUCCCCCUGGCCUCACUGCGCUCUUCAUCGUGCUCCCUCUCCUUAUACUCGCUGCCUUAGUGCUUUGCUGGUGCUGCGGGAGGAGGAGGAAGAAGAAAGAUGCGCCUGUGUUCAGCCCCUCGAAGAAGAAGGCCUCCAGCUGCAACGGUCAGAAACAUCACAGCAAGCUUCCGCCUGGAACUGUUGAGCCAAACAAAGCAGGGACUGAGGGUAUCCUCAAAAACCAGCUGCUGUUACGCCCCGCGUCUGCCCUUCUGGGCAGCACCAGAGACAUCUAUGAAGAAGUGGAGAUCAAGCUGGGCUCAGUGGAUUCACUUCCAUGCUGUUCCAGCGCCACAGACGGGAGGCAGGGCUCCCAGGAGCCCGACGGGGCCAACAAGACAGAGCUGGACACAGUGAGUGUGACAGAGGUGAUGAAAGACUCGGCCGAUCGGGAGAAGGCUUAUCUGACCCAGUCCACCGAAUACUACAGCCUGGUUCCAGGUAUCGAGCUGGAAGACUCUGACCACGGAGAGUAUGAGAAUGUCAGCCUCUCGUGACACUAAAGGAAUAGUUUAACUUUUUUUGGAAGGAGGCUCACUUGUUUCUUUUGCUGAUGGUUUGAUGAUCAGCACCACUCACUUUUUUUACAUGUUUGUACUAAAAUUCCUUGAAAUCUAUGACUUAGAGCAGUGGUUCUUAAACUUUUAAUACCAAGUUCUCUUACCAUUAUGACCAAUGGUGUAAAUAGGCCGAACAAAGUCAGCUACAGGGGCAGAUUUAUUCCAAAAAACAUCAUUUGCUCUCUACUCUUCCUCACAUACAUGUCAAACACUGGUACAGUGAAAUUAGAUCAAGAUGGAUCGAGAGGUAAGGUGACUCUAAUUAUUAUUAUUUAUAUUUUUUUUGUCAUUUGUUUCUUAUUUUCUGAGCACUCAAAAUUCCUCAGCUUCACUCCUGGUAACUCCCCCACAAGAAAGUGGUGUUUCCCUAAAAUGAAAAUGACAAGAGGCUCUUUAAAAUGCACUGAAGAGAAACUCUGUGUGUGGACGCAGGGACAGUGUGGUCCCACCACUGUAGUAUCACAAUGUAAGAGGAAGUGAUUUAAUCCACAGCUUUUCCUGUGGGACCUGAGGGACACAGGAACUGUUUGAAAGAGAGGCCCACUUAUUUUUUCUCCCUGGAAAAACAAGCAUAUGUCAUUUUAAAUUAACACUGCACUCAAGGCAAAAUGUUUCUUCACCUCACCCGAGUGUGCCUGUAAUAUUGUAAUGCAUUCCUCUUUGACUUAUUACACUACAACAGGAAGGUCUGGAGCAAACGCCACCUUAAGCUGCACAACUAGAAAUAUCGGUGCCAUGCGGUGACUCACCCUGUCACCAUGUCUGCGGUUAACUGAAGGUGAGAUGUGAAAUUUAAAGUGUAGGCGUGGAGUCGAAAUGUGUCUAAACCGUAGUUAGGACUAAUGCACAUGCUCUGCACGUCUCAAACUGCUGAAUGUGUGUGCGGACGGAUGUAAAUAGGUAUAAAUCAAUGAAAAUAUACGCGUCUGAAGUGAGAAGAAGAGCAGGAUACAUGCAUGUGACUGUUAUCUAAGACAGACGUCUCACGGUCACACUGUUUUGGCUUUGAAUGCUUAUCCGUCGGUGUUCGGUGAGACUGAGCAGCGAGGGUGCAGCGAGGGGCGUGGAGCUUCCUGGAAUUUCCUGGAAGACAGAGGUGUAUUUUCCAGAUGGGUUUUCACAGUGUUUCCACUAUAUAUGUAUAUGUAUAUCUAUCCAUAUAAAGUUUCACUGCGCUUCAAAUGCCAAAAGCCUUUUGGUCACAAAAAUAAAUAGCAGGAAUGUUGGGAGUUGGGAGAAUGUUGUUUUGUUUUGUUU